AAUCGCCUGAAUCGCCUUAACACCGUAAACGCGUUUUCUUAAGGUUUCCAAGGUUGUUUAUUAAAACCUUAAUUUUUUCAUUAUUUCUCCUCUAUGCAAUUAUUAAUAUUUUGUUAUUUCAGCUACUUCUCUAGAUAACCCCUUUAGCUCUUAUUAUUCCGUUGUUAACGUUUGAAGUAAGGUGUUUCCUCAGGAAUGAAAAGUCUGAUAUAACCUUAUCCUCUCCCACUAAUACUUAUCCGGUUUUCAUCCAUCAUGGAAUCCGUGAAUGGGUGCUCCAAUAAUGGUGCAUUUGUUGGACCUGAUGGGGAACUCCAGAAACCCCCAUUGACAACACAGAAGGAAAAAGACAUGUAUGCUUCGCAGCGUGCUCUUGAACUAAGAAAGUAAGUUUAAAGCUUUUGUCGCAUCGUUCUUUUUUUCCCUUAUCUGAAAUCUCUUGUUCAGCCAUCUUUCACGUGCAGCAUGAAAGCAAACACUCGUGACUUUACUGAUAAAAUCACUCCUCUUCCUUAGAUUCUAUGACCCUUAUCAAGCAGAUAUAAAUCCACACUCUUCUAAGGACACCUUAAAUGGUCGGCUCAACUCUGAUGGAGCACUCGAUUCUUAUGCCGAGGUUGCUAUAUGGCGGUUAGGGGGUGUUCAUUCUAUGAUCAGGUAAUAUAUGAAAACCCCAAUUGGUGAGAUGCAUUUCCAUGAAUCUAACGUUCAAUAGUAUCAUUGAUGGCACUACCCAAUACUUUAUUGCAGGAGCACGGCGCGACAAAUCUACACCCGAUGAUGAUAUUGUUAAUGAUGCAUGGUUCGGUUGUUUUCAAGUGCCAACGCCAGGUGGGCUUUGUGAAGUUAGAAAAAUUCAUCACGAUCCCUAGAUCUUUGUUGACUUGCAUCUUAGAACACCUUGGCCAUCAGUAAUGCCGAAAAGGAUCCUUAUCCCUGUUUCGUUAUCGAUAAUUUGACCAAGGAUCCAAGGUUUGCCAAUUUAUCAAUAGUCGAUGGAUCUUUAGCUUCAUAUGUUUGGUAUGCUGGAGCUCCAAUUACUACCAAAAAUGGUAUAAACAUAGGUGUUUUAUGUGUCUUCGGCGAUCGUCCUAUCACAGGGUUGAAUUUGGAGAGGAGAAAAUGUACGUUCCGGCUACUUGGCUCGAAAGCUGCAGCUAACACAAUCCGUUAUCAAUGCUAAUCUAACGAUUAGUUCUAUAUCAUCAAGCAAAAAAUAUCAUGAAAUACAUGGAAACGCAACGAGAGGCUAUUGAAAGACAUCGAGUUGCGCUCAUGUCAAAAGGGAUUGCUACCUUUCUAGAAAGAACUUCUCGUUAUACCAGCAAUGCUUCUGAUGACCCAUACGGCUCAAGGGAAGUAGUUGCCAAUAUGAUCAAGAAAUCUAUCCCUGGGGACCCUGAUACCCAAAGAGAUGAUUGGCAGAGUGGACAUUCUGGCAUGUCGAAUCAACCACAUCAGUCUUCGGAAUCUGUACUCGAUCAGAUACGGAUAACUUUAGACCAUGCUGCUGAGAUCCUUCGAGAAUCGCUUGAACUUAACGUCGGAGGUGUUGUAUUUUUAGACACAGCCGCCGGUCAUAGUACAGCGAGAAAUAUGGAUGCUUACUUGGAUACAAGCACUGAUUUAGGUAUGGAAGUGAAGCAGGCUGAAUCGAGGAAAUCAUCCGUCCAUAAUGAAGAACGGCUGAAUCAUGAAGAUUACCGAAGAAGGUUAUCUCAAGGCACAAUACGGGCUUCGACAGAUAAGCAUAGAGCGGCAAAGAUUCUUUCUAUGUCAGCAGCGAAAGUUGCAACUUGGGACUCGGAAGCCCAUGUUUUGGAUAGCAAAACCCUUCAAUCAUUGAUUAAUUCCUAUCCAAAGGGAAAUGUUUGGUAUGUUAAAAUUUGGAGAGUCGCAAGAUUACAACAGUUAAAGCCUAUCCAGCUAAUCCCUAUCAUAGGUACAUUGAUGAUAAUGGCUAUUUCUCAAGUUUAGAGCAAAUUAACGAUCGGAAGCACGUGCCUUCCAACAACAAUAGCCCAACCGAAAAACCUCGGACAUCUAGUAACUUCGACGCUACGAAGCAGGAAGCUGAAGCAACUAUGCUUGCCAAAGUAUUCCACAAAGCAAGACAAAUAAUAUUCCUUCCUCUUUGGGAUUCUGCUGGAGGUUGGUCAUAUUCCUGCAUUAUCACAAAACCCUUCUGUUCUCGGUUAACUGGUUUACUACAGAAAGGUGGUAUUCAGCAACAUUUGUUUGGAGUCAAUCAGCAGUUCCUGUUUUUACAGUAAAUAACGAGAUAUCCUACCUAUCUGCAUUCACAAGCUCGGUCAUGGUGGAAAUUAGUCGAUUGGAUGCACUAAUUUCGAACAAAAUGAAAUCCGAUUUUAUUAGCAGCAUUUCUCGUGAGUAGCCUAUCUUUUAUUCCAUGAGUUUACUGACAUGCCCUAAGAUGAAUUCCGUUCACCACUUCAUGGAAUACUUGCGUCUGCGGACUUUCUACGAGAAUCAAAUCUUGAUAAUUCACAGACAGAAUUCGUCUCAACAAUUCAAAAUUGCAGUGGAACUCUUUUGGUAUGUCGACGGAUUCCAUCCAAUUACCCUCGUAGUCCUCCGUCUGCUUGCCCCCUAACCCUAUAUUUAGCUGCAUAAGUCAUACGCUGACGUCAUAGGAUACAAUCAAUCACGUUCUGGACUACAGCAAAAUCAAUUCCUUCGAGAAGAAAGAGGGUUCUUUACAAGGUUAGUCUUAUAUGUCACCUAGUUGGGCCUUUAUUUAAUUCUAACUGUCGUAGGAUCGUUCUCGAGCGAGCUUCAUCAAGUAACUAAUGUUGCUUUGCUAUGCGAGGAUACAAUCAAUGGUAUGAUUGCUGCUAAUCACUUUAGAAGUGUUGCUCCAAUGUAUAAUUUGGCACUUUCAAAUGGUUCAACAAACGACCAAAACCACAUUUCGCCAAAUGAAAAUAUAGCACCAUUGCAAAUUGUUUUAGAUUUUGAAAUGCGGGAUUGGACUUACAAAGUACAUGCUGGUAUGUUUUGGUAAUUAUGCAUGUAUUAUCUCACUAAUAUGUUCAAGGUGCAAUUCAACGUAUUUUAAUGAACGUCUUUGGUAAUUCGCAAAAAUACACAGACAAGGGCUAUAUUCAAGUACAAUUACAAUUACAGCAGCGGACAACUGUUACAGAUACUCCGGCUCCAACAUCGCACCAUACGGGAGACUUCAUGUGCUUGCGUAUUAAGGAUUCCGGCAGAGGGAUGUCGACCGAAUACAUGGAACGUAAACUUUACCACCCCUUUGCUCAAGAGAAUAGUUUUACUCCUGGUGUUGGCUUGGGACUUUCUAUUGUGUGAGUUUCUCCAUCUACUCUGCACGACUUAGCUAAGAAAUGGUACAGCUGGAGUAUCGUAAAACAAUUGGGUGGUACUAUCGUAGUACAUAGUGAGUUAGGCAUAGGAACUGAUGUCGAGGUUCUUAUACCCGUGGAAAAAGCAGAGCCUCCUUCGCAUGAUGAUAUAAUGAGUGGAGAUACUGUUGAUACCACCGAUGUCAGGAUUGCCGCCGAAAAAGCCAUGAGAUCACUUCGCGAUAGAGCACCUGGGAGAGUAAUCUCUUUCGAUCGUGGCAAGCUUACACCCCCACAAAAUCAUGCUUGGGAUUGUAUCCAAAAAUACUGCUCCGAGUGGUAUGGGUUUGAUAUAAGAAAAUCUGUUGGAAGUCCACAGACUGAAGAUUUACUUCUUAUUAAUGAGACAUGUAAAUUUCCAGAAUGUUCCCCUUGUCAGAGAAUAUUAGUGAUUCCCGCCGCAAUGAGUUAUCCAAGUAUUAAUAGGCAAGAUAAUCAGCAUUUUAUUGCCCAUAUUUCUCAGCCAAUAGGACCUUACAGACUCGCUCGAUCAAUUCUUGCUUUGCUUGAUCAGACGACCGGCGAACCACGGCACAGGGAUGCCACUACACAAACACCCCUUGGAUCACCAGAAGAGCGUUUUGAUGAUGAAAUGGGAGAAUAUAAUUUCUUGCCACUACAAGAGCCAGAACCAAAUGCAAAAAAUGAAGUAACCCUCAGCUCAGCAAAUCAAAAAAUCCGUGAUGAAUUUGCUGAGUCCUUGAAAAAACUUGAGCAACUUCAACUACAAGCACCUCCUAUUGUUCCCCUUGAGUCAGUACCUGGACCCCCAAUCCCUCAGCGUACAUCUUCGAAACAAGCACCUCCAAUUUCUCCUCAGCCGCCUCAAGCCCCUAAAGUCGCCCCAGAAAACACGCCCCUGCGUAUCCUGGCCGUCGAUGACAACACACUCAAUCUUCAAUUGAUACACCGUUACCUCCAAAAACGCAAAACAGACACCAUAGUCAACGCGACGGAUGGUUUAGAAGCAGUCGCGGCUGUCAAGUCAUCGGAACAUGGUUUUGAUGUUAUAUUCAUGGAUAUCUCAAUGCCUAACAUGGAUGGAUUCGAAGCUACGAGGCUGAUUAGAAAUUGGGAAGCGGAAAGCGAAAUCCGUGUAGGGUUAGAUGAUUUGGUAGCUUGGGGUGAAUGGAGAAAAGAUCAAGGCGAGAGGAAGGUAUACGAGGGUAAACAAAGGGAUAGAGCGUAUGUGGUUGCUAUGACGGGUUUGGGAAGUCAGAAAGCGAGAGAUGAGGCGGAUAGGAGUGGGUUUGAUGAUUUUUUGACAAAACCGGUAAAGUUACCGAGGGUGGGGGAGUUGUUAAAGAGGUUGAGUUGCGAGAAGGCAAGCAGGUUAGAUGGGAAUGGGGGUUUGUAAACGGGUGCCCAGGGCGUCCGGGGUUAUGGGGUAAAAAGAGAAUCGAUGCGAAUUGAAUGAUGAUAUGCGUGAUUGAUAUACCUACAUGGAGGGCAAACGGAACCGGAUGGAAUUGGAUUGGAUGUGAUCGGAUGGGAUGCCAUGGCCCAUGGGAUGAGAUUGGAGUGUAAUAGUGAAGUUGUAUAAUAUUUUUUCAUACUGUACGAGAGAGAAUACGAUAAAUACCUCGGUAGAAAAUAA